CAAACCUUUAAAUACUCAACCCGUACAUCCAUAACACAGGUAUUUGUACGGAUACUCUGUGUAAGUUAUACCUGUAUGAUACGUAUUUUGCAUUAAAAAAUUGUUUGGAAUCCGUUUAUGGGAAAUUGUAUCAGGAAAUGUCGUCAUUAUGACAAUGAUUCUAUAUAUGCUGUGUCUGACAUUUUUGAUAUCCAACGAUCGCUUGAUUUACAGCGUGAACAUAUCAGCAUUGAUUCCAGUUAUACAGAAAGUACUAUAAGAAGUGGACACUCUAUUGGGCAACCUCCGUCAGUACUGUCGUUUCAAAACGAAAAUGAAAACGAUACUGUAUACAUCGACAGUGACGUGUGUUUGAUAUGCUUAGAACAAUAUGACGACGAAGAACGCAAGCCGAUCAUUUUGCCUUGUGGACAUAUACUUUGUACUGCAUGUGUCAGGAUUAUGGCACACAAACGUAGAUACAAGUCCAUUAAAUGUCCUGUUGAUAGGGAAAAGCACGAUAUCAGACAGACAGGUAUAACAGAGGAAAGCGAUGAAACUUAUUCAGCUACAACUACAUCGGCAGUAAAUAAUUUUCAAAUAUCGGGGAUUAACCAGAUGAACGACUUACAACCACAAUUACAACAUUUAAGGCUGACAAAUAACAUAGAUCCAAUCCCGGACUACACUCCACCAUCGACGCCAUAAACGUGAAGUCUGCAGGGUUAAUUUGCCGUUUCAGAAUCUAAUGCAUUCUGGGUAAUAUUUCGAAAAGCGUAGACCAAAACGUUAUGAUUGGUUUUUAAAACAUCAUAAACAAUAGAAAUUUAACCAAUGACAUGACGUUAUUUUAAUUUUGGUGUACGAACAAUGAGAUUACCUAUAGUCCUCUAGAUUCUGAAAAGGCGAAUUGAUUCAUGAUUAUUGUAAACCAAGAAUAGAAGAGUCUGUCGUCUCUGUGACUCAAACGAUAUUGUAGAACAACAUCGUUACAUUAUGAAUUAUUUUGAUUCAGCUACAGCAUGGAUUUGUUUGUUGGCAAAUUAACUUAUAUGUUUAUUAUGGGUCAGCAUGAGAAAGUGAUGAAAAUGU